GGCUGGCUGGGUUUGGCGGAAGUGGUGUGGGCGAGGUGAGUCCGCAGUGCAGAGAAGCGGCGCGGCGUGGUGCGAAGCACGCUAUCAGAGCUGUGGCCAUUGCUUCUCCUCUCUCUGGGUGCCAAGAAGAUGACGCGCUUUGCUCUGACCGUUGUCAGGCAUGGAGAAACAAGAUUGAACAAGGAGAAAAUCAUUCAAGGACAAGGAGUAGAUGCUCCGCUUUCAGAAACUGGAUUUAAACAAGCAGCUGCUACUGGUAUAUUUUUUAAUAAUGUGAAGUUUACUCAUAUUUUCUCCAGUGAUCUCACAAGGACAAAGCAGACCGUGCAUGGGAUUUUGGAGAAGAGCAAAUUUUGCAAAGAUAUGACAGUCAAGUAUGAUUCAAGACUUAGAGAAAGAAAAUACGGGGUUGCAGAGAGCCGGGCGCUGAGUGAGCUCAGAGCGAUGGCCAAAGCAGCUGGGGAGGAGUGUCCUGUGUUCACGCCGCCUGGAGGAGAGACCUUAGACCAGGUGAAGAUGCGUGGAAAAGACUUCUUUGAGUUUCUUUGUCAACUGAUCCUGAAGGAAGCAGGUCAAAAAGAACAGUGUCCCCCAGGAACUCCAAGCAACUGCCUGGAAGCUUCUCUGGCCGAGAUAUUCCCUUUAGGGAAAAACUGUGCCUCCACAUUUAACUCAGACAGUGGCGCUCAAGGAUUAGCAGCCAGUGUCUUAGUCGUGAGUCACGGCGCCUACAUGAAAAGCCUGUUCAGUUAUUUUCUGACUGACCUUAAGUGUUCCUUACCAGCAACCGUGAGCAAAUCCGAGCUUAUAUCGGUCAGCCCCAAUACAGGGAUUAGCCUCUUUAUCAUAGACUUUGAGAAAGGAAUGGAAUCUAAACCAACAAUUCAAUGUGUUUGUAUGAACCUACACGAUCAUCUGAGUGGAGUGAGUGAAGCUCCCUAAUUUUAAAUCUACAUCAAAAUUAACAAUAUUGAGCCUCUGAGGGAGGGCGUGCCUUUGACUAUAUGUAUUUCCACCCUCGGCUAGCGCUCAUGUGGAAACAGUUAAUAAGCUGUCUGUCGCGGCAGGUUAUAAAGCUCGAAUGGAAUCAUAGCCACAUAAAACACUAAUGGAAAAUCAUUUAUUAUAGAAGUGACUUCUUUUGUCUGAGUUCCAGGAUAUUUUUACCACCCCGCUUAGCUAUGUCUCUGGAUUGUAAAUGGAUGAAGGAACUCAGUAUCGCAAAUUGGGGGACUAAUAACCUGGUUACUCUGUUUUAUUCCCUUUUUUAUGUUGAUAUUUUUCUUUAAUGUCUGAAAAACCUAGCGUAUUUUAUGGGCUCUUGGUAAGAUACUGUAUGUUUUGUACUAUCUCAGCCCAGUGUUUGGAAGAAGGAACUAUUUAUAAUUCCGACUGCAUAUUUAUAGUGACAAUAUGAUAUAUUUUAAAAGUCCAUUAAAUGAAGCAUGCUUACCAUCAUAAGUUUAUAUAAAGCAAACUGAAACCAAAUUUUUAAUACAGAAAUCAACUGUUGGAAUUGUUGAGAGGGUUUGAAAUGUGGAUGAAUGCAGAUUAUGAUGGCAGAGUGGUCUGGUGAGGAAGAAGUCAAAGCAUCACUUGAUUUAAAAACAUUAAAGAAGGAAUCUGAACAGGAGAGGAUAAAGCUCUAUCUUAUCUAACCUGUAGGCUGAAGAAUUUAGUUUGAGGAAGACUCAAGAGAAAGCAAACACUAGUAUACCAUAGCACAGUAACCUCGGAAUAAAAGUGGGCGCUUUGAAAAAUGGUGCUCUGAUAACCACAACUGUUGGGUUUUGGUGGAAGGUACAGAUGAGGUUGCCUCUUUUCUCCACCAGAUGGCACUGGAGAAAAGGAAUUUUGGCUAAUGUAACUGUACAUAGGAUUGCGCCCUCAAAAGUCCUUAGCUAAAUGAAGACGGGUGGUUACCUGUAGUUUGCUUUUCAGUUCUCACGUUAAUGAAUGCUGUGAGUCUCAGCUUAUAAGAAGAUUAAUGCUAAAGUUUGUCAGUUAAGGCUAAAAUCAUGUAGAGUCAACAUUUACUUUGAACAUGAUUUAAAUCAUGCAUAAAGUUCAGCAUCAUGCUGUUCUCAGUGUGUUAGCACCACCAGUUUGCCUGCCGGUGCUGGAACACAGCGUGUAGGUGAGCACAGAGGAAGUAGCUGCAAAUGGAAAAUUGAAAACAUAACCAAAAGGGACAAGUGAUAAAUAUCCACAUUCCCACCAUCCAGAAGUAAUACCACCCCCUUUUUAUGAAAUACAGGUUGAGAUGUAAGUAAAAUUCCCCAUCUUGUACUCUAUUGAGGCAACCACCACAAUGAGUCUGUAUGUACUGUCAUCCUUUCUUUAUGUUUUCAUCUGGUAUUAUAAAGAAAUGGUAUUGUUUAAAAAUGUACGCAAAUAUCAGCAAGCUGUAUCCUUUAUUUUUACUUAUUAUAUCUUGGGACUGUCUAUGUUGAUAUGUAUACAUCUAUUUACUUAUAACGACUGUAUUCUAUUGAAUAAAUAUGGCAAAUUUUGUUUAAUUA